UUGACACACAGCCAGUAAUGCUCUUACAGAUAAACACUGAUAUACUCGCGAAGAAAAGAUUGUUUCUUUAUGUCAUAGACAGUGUCCUGAAAUACAAAGAAUGAAGAUUCUCUGGAUGAUUCUACUGAUUUUCUCUAGUCUUUUGGAAACCACAUCAGAACCAUUUAAAGUAGUUGGUCCAAAUUCUCCUCUUGUUGCUGAAACUGGAGAAGAGUUGGUUCUGCCCUGUUCUCCUCAAUCCAGCAUCAGUGCUGUAGAUAUGACGGUGAAGUGGAUUAGACCUGAUCGCUCUGAUAAAUUAGUUCAUUUGUAUGAAGGUUAUGAAGAGAGAAAUGAAAAGCAGAUAAAAUCGUACAGAGGGAGAACAUCUCUGUUUAAAGAAGAUUUGAAAAAUGGAAAUGCCUCACUAAAACUCUCAGCACUCCAACCUUCUGAUGAGGGAUCUUACCAAUGCUACAUUGAGUAUGGGCAAAUGUAUGAUGAUGUAACUAUGUAUGUUGAAGUUAAAGUAAAACUGAAAGUAGUGGGUCCAGCUGUUGUUGCUCUUGUUGCUGAAGCUGGUGAAGAUCUGGUUCUGCCCUGUUCUCUCCAGCCCAAAAUCAGUGCUGAAGAGAUGACAGUGGAGUGGAUCAGACUGCAUCUGAAAGACCAACUAGUACAUCGCUAUGAAGGUUAUGAAGACAGAAAUACUGAGCAGAUUGAGUCGUACAGAGGAAGAACAGCUCUGUUUAGAGAAGACCUAAAGAAAGGAAACACCUCACUGAAACUUUCAUCACUCAAACCUUCCGAUGAAGGAGAUUAUCAAUGUUAUGUUGAGUCUAUGCCCUGGAGUGAUAAUGUGAAUAUUCACGUUAAAGUUAAAGGAAAAGGUUUUCAUGCUUGGAAGAUUUCCAUUAUCUGUAUUUCAGUGUUUGGUGUUAUUUUAACUGGCCUAGCAGCUUACAUCUUGAGAGAUAAAUACUCGGACAAAGAUCUUUCUCCAAAACAAUGUUCAGCAAUAAGCUACAUGCGUCUUCAGACAGAGAAUCCACGGAAAGAGUUUGUCCUGAAAAAUUUCAAAACAUCAGAGGAGGGAUACAGGAGACUCAUUCCAUCUAUCACAAACUGCAGGAAGGCUGAGUUUGCUGGCUGUAAUCUUACUGUACAGUCUAUCAAAAUUUUAGGCACAGUUCUUAAAACAGAAAACUCUUCCUUGAAGGAGCUGGACCUCAGUAAUAGCAACCUCAAAGAUUCAGGACUGGAGCUGCUCUCUGAUGGACUGAAGAGUCCUCACUGCAAAGUGGAAACACUGAGAUUUGUGGGCUGUAAUCUCACUAUACAGUCUAUUGAAACAUUGGGUGCAGCUCUAAAAAUGAACUCCUCCCUUAAAGAGUUGGACCUCAGCAACAAUGACCUGAAGGACUCAGGAGUGGAGCUGCUCUCUGAUGUACUGAAGAGUUCACAAUUAAAUAUACUGAGACUUGCUUUGUGUAAUCUUGGGAAAAAGACAUGUGAUUAUCUGGGAACAGCUUUACUAUCAGAGUCCUGGCCCCUGAAGGAGCUGGAUCUCAGUAAGAAUAAUCUGCAGGACUCUGGAAUGGAAAAGCUUUCUGCUGGCUUGAAGAGUUUAAACUGUGAACUGAAGACACUGAGAUUAGCCAGCUGUAAUUUUACUGGGAAAUCAUGCAUAUUUCUCAAAUCAGCUCUAAAAUCUAAAAUCUCAACCCUGAAAGAGCUGGAUCUCAGUAGAAAUGAUCUGCAGAACUCAGGAGUAGAGGAACUUUUUACAGGACUACAUGAUUCACAAUGUAAACUGGAGACACUCAGAUUAGCAUUGUGUAAUAUUGGAGAAAGGUUUUGUGAACAUCUGGGAUCCAUUUUAAAUCUGGGAAACACCCUAAUAGAACUGGACCUCAGUAACAAUGACCUGACUGAUUCUGGAGUGGAGAAACUCACUGCUGGACUGAAGAGUUCACACUGUAAAGUACAGAUACUCAGGUUAUCUGGUUGCAUGAUUACAAAUACAGGGUGUGCUUCCCUGUAUUCAGCUCUGAGGUUAAACUCUUCCAACCUUAAAGAACUGGAUCUGACCUACAACCACCUAGAAGAGUCAGGAGUAAAGUUGCUCAAUGCUAGACAGGAAUAUCCACGCUGCACACCCAGAGUGGAGUAUGGAGGAAUGAUCAGAAUCAAACCAGGACUAAAAAAGUACGCCUGUGAGUUCACCCUGGACCCAAACACAGCACACACUCGCCUCUCUCUGAGUGAGGGGAACAGAAAAGUGGAGUGUGUGGAGGAGCAGUCCAAUCGCUUUCACCCAGAGAGGUUUGAUGUGUACCUGCAGGUGAUGAGUACAGAGUGUCUGACGGGACGCUGUUUCUGGGAGGCUGAGUGGAGCGGAGAGGAAGCUGUAAUAGCUUUGACGUAUAAAUCAGUCAAAAGAAAAGGGUACGGUAAAGACUGUUGGUUUGGACGGAAUGAAAAGUCCUGGAGUCUGAACUGUUCUGAGAACAGUUACUCUGUUCAUCACAACAAGAACUACACUGCUGUUCCCCCCCCGCCCCCCGGCUGUAGGAGGGUAGGAGUGUAUGUGGACUGUCCGGCCGGCACUUUGUCCUUCUACAGUGUCUCCUCUGAUACACACACUCUCACACACUUACACACAUUCCACACCACAUUCACUGAUGAACCCCUGUAUGCAGGGUUUAGGAUGAAUUAUAUUGGCUCCUCAGUGAGACUGUGUGAGCUAGAUUAAACCUGUGUGUGUAACUGCAUCUGUGUAUGUGUACGAAAAUAUUUUGUUGAUUGUAAUAUGUAAGAAAAUAUUUUUACAUUGACUAACUUUAAAAUAUGUUUUCCUUCUCCUGUAAAGUUGAAAUUUUUGGAACAGUUUUUUUAUAUACUGUUAAAUAUUACACAGUCUACGUUUGUAUAUAUUAGUAUAUAUGUCUAAAAAAUAUAUACUAGACAUAACAACAGGCAUCAUCUAUAAGAGCAUGCUGGCAAUAAUCAGGCUGAUUGAUUACACUUGGUUAGUGCCUUUUAAUGUUUAGGUCAAACUGAAAGUUGACAGUUUUAAUAGUUUGUUUGAAAAAAAAAAACAAAUCAUUAUGAAAAUCACAUGAAAACAUUAGGGGUUAAUAAUCCUAGCCAUUUAGCUUGUAUGUUUGUAUUAAUCAUAUUUACACAUUUGUUAAACACCAUACCUUUUGUAGUAAAACCUUUUGUGUUAUUGUCCUGCAAAACACAUUGCAAGCACCCAGUACUUCAACAGGAGUCGUCAACAGUUUUCUUUGUAAACAAAAGCGACAAGUUUUGCUGGGAUCUUCAUUAUGCUGUCUUCAGCUGUGGUGAUUUCUCUUGUUUGGUCUUGCUUUUUUUUUGGAUUUGACUACAGCCAAUCAGGGACAUUUACGAAAACGAAUACUCCUAAAGGUGCUGGUGGAUCAUUCUGAGGUAUGUAGGAUAGACAAAAAACAAGAGUAUAUAGUAUACUUAGCCUAGUAACAUAUGCUAACGCUAGCUAGCACGGGUUUGUUCAUUUAUGUUGGUUGACCACCUCGGACUCUAUAUGCUAUAUAUGUUUUGUUUGGGAUGAUGAGAAGAUGUUAACUUUGCUCCAAUAAAAAAAUCUGUUCAAAUUAA